AUGGACAGCGACGGCUUCGUGCCGAUAUUGGCCAUCUUCUAUGCUGUCUUCCAUCCUACCGAGGGUACGAAGAUUGUUCACCAGGUUCCAGAGAGGGCUAUAGCCCUGGCUGGUGAUACUUCUGGGACGUCUUUGUUUAACUUCGAUACGGUCAAGAACUAUAUCAUUCCCAAACCACAGCUAUGCAAUAAGCUUAUAUCGUUUAAGAUUGAAAACCUUCGUGUUUUGGGAUACCCGGUUAACAUUGAGGGCAGCAGAUACUCGAGAAACUCGUUCAACUUCAACUUCUGUUUCGUGUUUCCAUAUAACUCAGAUACUACGCCGUAUGAACUGGCGAUCCAGCGAAUGGGCCGUAUGUUUAGGGCAUUGGAGGAACAGUCUUUCUUGUUGAGUAAGUUGGAUAAGAAUAUGAUGUUCUUUAGUGAUAAGGCUGCUCCAAAGACAGAGAAGAGGGCUCAGUUUACCCCAGGUCAAGGCAAAGUCAGGAAGUUCACGCUUCUGUCGAUUGAGUCGCUUAUACAUCAGAUCUACCAGGACCUUAAUAACUACUCGGAAUGCUGUAUUCCUAUUGAUACUUCCAAUAGUGUGGAUAUCAAGCUUUUCCCUGUGCUUCCACCUCCUGUGAAUAUCAAGGCUUUCCAGGUCCCGCUCAUGACAGUCAGGCUACAUUCGUUAAUUGAUGUCAAUUGGGAUCCCACCAUGGUCAAGAUAUUGCCUUUUAUCAAUGGACUCAAUUCAGUGAAGCGCAUUUCAGAAAAGGCCGAUGCUGACUACCUUCUAACGAAACAGUGUAUCCAGCACUUGAUGCAUUACAGAUGUCUCACUAUAGUGGACAUUUUCCAGUUCAAUAAUAUUUAUGCUCCAACGAAUAGCAUUGGCAAUUUCCUUACUGCUCACGGUAUGGCUGAGGAGUGCCAGGCAUAUGUUAUCAAAGCGCCAGCCUCGGAUGAUCUGGCGGUAGCUACUCCGCUGAUAUCAGCAACACCUGCCACUCCAGCAACGCCAAGCACUCCCAAAUACUCAGAAGGCGAUCAAUUGGGCACUUCCAGUCGCAUGGAGCCUCUGAGCUCCCAGCCAGCUUCGGCUUCUCCAAACACAUACUUCAGAGGCCCUAAAGGCAGACUACAACAAAAGCUGACACAACCAAUCUAUGUGCCAUCAAAAGCUACUUUAUUUUAUCUUUACAGACUGUUAAACCAAGGUCAGACAAUCAAGGAAUGGUACAUUCAGCAUCAAAAGGCACUUCAGAGCAUUGACAUCCGCAGAUUUAUCAACUUCGGUGUUGUACGGGGCAUAAUCUACCGUCUGCAUCUGUACACGAUUCUACAUUCGGUGACAAAGUUUUUCGAAAACGAACGCUCCAACCAAGACCCACUCGACGAGUUGGUGAGAAGUCAUGAGAUCAAGCUCAGAAGGGCAGAGAAGAAUAGAGCCAUGUCUCACGCAAGUUCAAGAGAUCAAGAGCUGGGACUCCUCAGGAAUUCUGUUAACGAAAGUAAUCUCAAAACAGGGAGAAAGAGCCGGACAGUCAGUUUUCAUUACCAUAUUGAACGUUUCAGCCAUAGCGACGAUACGCUUUCCACAGACCUGGAAGUUUUGAAAGCGAUUCUGAUCCAUCGUCGUUCCGGAACCACCGAAUCGGGCUCAUCUGAUGAAGAAGACGCUGAUGAUGAUAAAGAAGAGCUCAUGAAGCUCAUAAAGCUUGUCAAGGGCGUCCAACAUAUGGAUUCCAUUUGCACGGAACUACAAAAGCCCAGGAGUGAAAUUGAGAAGCUUCUAGAUAACCUUGGAGCACAUUUUGCGAUCAACUCCUAG